CGCUCUUAAACCUAUACACCCCAAUUCCUGCAAAUCCUCCCUUUCCAUUAAUUUUCACAUCUUACCACUUCUGCCCUCCCCGUUUUGGUUAAACGUUUGAGAUGCUAAGAAGCAGGGUGAUGUAAUUCAGUAAGACGUUGCAGAAGACAAAAUUGGAGAAUAUAUUUUAAAAAAGCUGUUUGGCUCCGCUAAUUAGAAUUUGUAGUAGGAGCAAUAGUGGUAAAUCGAGGUUAAAAUUGUACGAAAGGGAUAAGCAAAAAAGCUUGAAUUCUUUUGGCUUCUAGGAGUUAAAGAUAUUGCAAAUAUGCAAAAUAUUCAUAGGGUUAUAUCGCGUUUUUCGACUGCAAAUGCUGUGAGAUUAGUGACAGAAAAAAGUAAACCCAGUUUUGGAAAUGAUACAAGGGGACCAAAUAAUGUAAUUGGAGCUUAUCAUUUUAUUAACACACGGGUUUUUUCAGCUAAGUCAGGUGGUGAUGGUGGAAAUGAAGGGGAAGAUGAUUGGGGGGGUGCAGUGGGGGGAUCUUUCAGUGCGAGUGGAAAUGAAGGGAAAGAUGAUUGGGGGAGUGUGGUGGGGGGAUCUUUUGGGGAGAGUGGUUCUGAUGAUUUGGGUUGGGAUUCUGCUUCAUCAUGGUCGACUGGAAUGACUAAGGAUCAUUUUGAUGGACAGUUAGUUGGUCAGCAGACAGAUUCUAGCUCUAAUGUUGGUGGUGGGUUAAAUGCUUCUGAGACUGCAUUGGUCUCGAGUUUGCAAGAGAUUGAUGAUAAGAUGAGAGAACUUGAGGCGGAGAACAAGAAGGCCAAGGCUUUUGUGGAUGGAUGGGGUGAGAAGAUGCGUGAGAUGAGUGUGCUGUUGAAACAAGUAAGGGAGCCUGGUGCUAGAGGAUCUUAUCUGAAGGACUCGGAGAAGGCUGAGAUGUACCGCUUGCAUAAGGAGAAUCCUGAAGUCUACACUGUUGAGAGGCUUGCUAAGGACUAUAGGAUUAUGAGGCAGCGGGUGCAUGCUAUUCUUUGGCUGAAAGAACUUGAGGAGGAAGAGGAGAAAAAACUUGGUCAUCCCUUGGACGACUCUGUUGAGCUCUUGCUUGAUACUUGCCCGGAAUUUUUUAAAUCUCAUGACCAAGAAUUUCAUGUAGCAUCCCUUCCUUACAAGCCUGAUUUCAAGGUGAUGCCAGAGGGUUGGGAUGGUACCAUCAAAGACCUGGAUGAAGUCCACUAUGAGAUAUCCAUGAAAGAGGAUGAAAUGCUGUAUCAAGAAUUUGUCCAGAAGAUGAACUUCAACAAAAUGAAGAUGGCAGGGCAGGUAAAAUGCCACAAGUACAGUAGGAGACGAUCUUCUGAGGGUUGGAACUUUACAGUGGAAAAAAUGGGAUCACGAGGGAAGCGUGGAGGUGGUGGUGGGUGGAAGUUUGUAAGCUUGCCAGAUGGAUCCAGCCGACCACUGAAUGAGACAGAGAAAAUGUAUGUUAGACGAGAGACUCCCCGCCGCAGACGCAAGAUUCUUCCUUGAUCAAAUUUGCACCUGAUAGAUAGAUGUUAAGAGAUCCACUUUUCUUGGUCAUGAAAAAUAAAAUAGAAGAUAUUAGAAUGACAUUGUUUUCUUGUAGUUUUCGUGCAUGGGGUGUGAGGAACUGAUGGUGUUCACGUCAUCUUUGCCAUUACCAAUUUUCCAUUUACUCCAUAAUUGAUUGGCAUUUCUUCUUAUGAUCAUGUUAGUAGUUGAGCAACUAAGGGUUGAACUCUGAUCGGCAGUACGGAGCUUAGGACAAGAAUGUGUCAGAAAAGUUAACUGCUGCUGCUGCUUCUGCUCCUACUUUAAGGUUUUCUGGUUCAGGCAAAUACUUGCACAGCGGACUGCUGGAACGUCUUCAAAAACUUGCAUAGCUUGAGGCUUAUUUGAGAUCCUGUGCUUGAAAAAGUUUGCUGCUGACAGCAUUUAGGCAGGUUUGUUUAUCUAUGUUAUUCAGGCUGUUCAAGAUGUCUUAGUCAAAAAGCAAUUUUGUUAUCCAUUCUCAUAGGCUCAUAUCUAGAAACCUUCUCUAGCUAUCUGUUUUGGUUUGCCCGCCUGGCUGCCAGAUCCCAGUAUUUUAGAUCUUAUUAGUAUUCAGAUUGAGAUUACUGAUACUUUUGAGGGAUAAUUAUUAUUUACCCCCUGAAUUUUGGCAUAUUGUACUAGUUGCUCCCCGACACUUUAAGAAUACAUGGACACCUCCUUCAUUUUGUACUAAAUUAUACUAACAACUCCUUUUGUUAGAAUUUUAAGUGAGUCAACCGUCAAUUUUGAGCAGAAUGAUGAAAUUACCCUUAUUGA